AUGUCGACGGGUCCUAGUUUUUUCCCAACACCAGCCCUCGACCAUUCGUUCGCCGGGAUAACGGCUGGGACCGUCGCAGUUUGCUGCGUGCAUCCGCUUGAUCUCCUCAAGAUCAAAUUCCAGGUAUCAACGUCGCCACCACCCGGGAAUUCUAAUCCUUUGAAACAAAUAUACAACUCCCUUACGGGCAUCAAGCGCGACUCUGGGUGGAAGGGUUUAUAUCGAGGUAUUGGUUCCAAUGUCGCAGGGAAUGCAGCAGGCUGGGGCUUGUAUUUCUGGCUCUACACUAUAAUAAAGGGUCGAUUAGCAACGGACGGCUCAGAGAAGCUCACUUCGGGAGAUUAUUUGUUAGCAUCUGCAGAAGCCAGCGCCAUAACAGCGGUGCUUACUAACCCUCUAUGGGUGGUGAAAGUUCGAAUGUUCACUACACGUGCUGAUGCUCCAGAUGCAUAUAGAAGCGUGGCACAUGGCUUAACAUCAAUCGUUCGCACCGAAGGUGUGCGGGGUCUCUAUAGAGGGACUUCCUUAGGGCUCUUCGGCGUCAGCUCGGGGGCUCUACAAUUCAUGGCGUACGAACAGAUGAAGAAUUUUGCUUUCUACAGAAAACGGCGGAGAAUUGAAAGCAAGGCGGAAUGUGGAGGGAAGUCAAACGCCACAUAUACAUUCGUGUCGGCUGCUGCUAAGCUCCUUGCGCUUGCUUCUACAUACCCAUACCAAGUCAUCCGCUCUCGCUUGCAAAACAACGCUACAAACCACCUCUAUCCAAAUCUCCGUACCUGCACUCGUAAAACAUGGCAGGACGAAGGCUAUCGGGGAUUUUAUAGGGGACUAGGGACGAAUCUUAUUAGAGUGUUGCUGGAACGUGCGGUCACCUUUGUCGUGUACGAGAAUGUCGCAUGGUUACUGAGGACAACUGCCAUUCGGAGACAACGGGAGAAGUGACAUCAGACGAGUAGAAUGUGUUCGGCGUGCGCUCCAGAUGGUGUAUAUAUACUCAUUAUGCGAGUACAGACGAUG